UGUUUCAGAUCAAUCUGAGGGUUUUCAGACAUUUUAAGAGUCACUAUCGUGGGCUUUUCAGUGAACCGAUGAAGAAAAUGUUCCUCAAGUUAGUUUUGCUCUGUUUGUGGCGUCUGGAUGGAGUGUUUGGUGAAGAGAGGAGAGUGUUUGAGGGAGAUUCAGUCACUCUUGACUCUCAUACUGAAAUGAAGCAUGAUGAUGUGAUUCGGUGGAGGUUUAGAAAAACUUCAAUAGCUUACAUCGAUAAACGGGCCAACAGAUUCACUGUACGUGAUGAUUUUCUUGAUGGGAUAUUCAGAGACAGACUGAAGCUGGACAAUCAAACUGGAUUUCUGACCAUCACAAACAUCAUAACUGAACACGCUGGAGUUUAUGAACUAUGGAAUGCAAACACUUACAGCAGGCGUUCUUAUAUUCGUCUCAUUGUCUACGCUCGUCUGCCUGUUCCUGUCAUCAGCAGUAACUCUUCUCAAUGUUCUUCAUCAUCAUCAUCAUGUUCAUUGGUGUGUUCAGUGGUGAAUGUGAGUCAUGUGACUCUCUCCUGGUACAAAGGAAACAGUUUAUUGUCCAGCAUCAGUGCGUCUGAUCUCAGCAUCAGUCUCUCUCUACCUCUGGAGGUGGAAUAUCAGGAUAAAAACACCUACAGCUGUGUGCUGAACAAUCCCAUCAGCCACCAGACUCAACAUCUGCACAUCACUCACCUCUGUCACACAUGUUCAGGAAGUGCUUAAAUCUGAAGCAGAACGCUGAACUUUAAAGAUUCUUCAAGUGUGUUUUUGUCAUAAUAAAUACUGAUGAUUAUUUGAGCUUCUCUUUCAGUGUCAGAUUUGUAAAACUCUUAUUUGUAAGGCUUUAUUGUUCAUAUUUCUCUCAGAGACACACAGAUCUCACUUUACUACUACUGCUGUAUAUUUGUCAUGUGUAUUUUACACUGUUAUUGAGGAUCAAAUUAAAAUAGCAUCUUUUUAAUGUGUCUGACGGAGUUGACACAAAUUAAGUUCUGAAGUGAAUAAAUGUACAUUUUUAGAAGAAAACAUUUUCAGAAAAACCUGUUCCCUUACAUGUUCAUUAGCUGAGACCUUUGUCUACAAAUAUAUCAGUUUAUAAUAAUGUGUUAUUCAAUAAUAAAAACUAACAUCUCAAA